AUGGCACUGUUACACUCCGCUUCUAUCCCCUCCGAAGGUGACGUGCUUCAAGUGAAAGCUACGAUACAAGAGGGAAAGGAGAACCUUCGAUUACUGGACGAACGAAUUGCGCUCUUGCGUUUGAGUCUUCUCGAGCUCGAACAACACCGUGAGGAGGUGCAGACAUAUGUGACACGUCACGAAGCUGUCUUCUCGCCUAUACGCCACUUGCCUCCAGAGAUACUCUCAGAUAUCUUUUUAACCGCCACAAAUGGACAGUGCAUGGCGUGGCCUCAAGACCAUGCUGCUCCCUGGCAUCUCGACAAAGUGUGCAGCUAUUGGCGCACCGUGUUUGUUUCCCUCCCCAAGCUUUGGUCAACCAUCCACUUGAAUCUCAAAGACGAUAUAUCGUCAAGUGCAUACCAGUUUUUAAGGACGUGCCUUGACCGAUCUCGGAAUGAACUUCUGACAUUCUCCAUUAUGACAGGUGGUACAGGCACGCUGCUAUGCGACAUUGUGGACGCGCUUGUCUCGUGCUCUUCUCGCUGGCAAAGCGCUUCCUGGGACAUGGAGAUGUUGUGCAGCGUCCGCAAAUCACUCUCCUCCGUUAAGAGUUCACUCCCCUAUCUUCAACGUCUUCAUGUUGCUUCUUCCCAAGCAGGGACUAUAGGAGAAGCCGUUCUUGAUGCCUUCGAGGUCGCUCCACGGCUGACAGAUCUUUCAUUGAUCCAGAUUGUAUACCCAUCCCAACUCCUCCGACUUCCUUGGGGCCAGCUCACACGGCUCAAACUUAGCGGCAAUACUUUGCGAGAGGGCGAGUUCACUCGCAUACUUCGACAAACGCCCAACCUCAUCGACUUUUCGACGGAGAAUGAACGCGUUCUAGAAGUGACCUCGGAAGCUGUCAGCCUCCCCCACCUGACCACCCUCUCGGUCGUGAACAAAGGGAGUUACAUCACCCGCAUCUUCCAGCUCAUCACGGCUCCAAAACUAACGGAACUCCAUAUUCACGCACGUACCGCCUUUUCUCCGGAACACGUCCUCGGGAUGCUCCGUCGGUCUGAAUGCCCACUGACAGAUCUCACAUUGGAGGCGUCGCACGACACUGACGCUAUGUGGGAAGAAAACAUCGGCAUUAUCUGCCUCUUGGCUGAAUUACCAGGACUCACUAAGGUUGAUUUACGCGUUCUGCGCGCGUCAGACGCGAUCAUACCCCGCCUAACGUAUCGGGUAAAUGCCCCGGCCCCUCUUUUGCCAUGCCUACAAGUCUUCUCCCUCGAGGACCCUCUUUGCAACUCUGGUGCGGCGCUUGAAACGAUGCUUAAAUCUAGGAUGACGUUUGGGCAUUCUUUCAAGGGAGAGAAUGUGUUGCGGUCCGUUUCCUUGAAGUUGUCUAAGCCUGCACCUCCGACGUUUCCUGAGCUCGAGGGUUUGAAAGAAUUGGCAGACAAGAAGGGACUGAGGAUCGAAAUCUCUUACACUUACCAGCACUCAGUCCCUGAUUCGAACAGGGCUAGUAACGUCACCCAGGAGGGCCGGAGCCACCCCAGAACUUGGCUCUCGUUUCUAGCACAUAGAGUUAUACGUAGCCGAACGCGACGCUAUAAGGACUACUUGGCCAUGUUCUAA